GGGUAGGACAAGAGUGAGAGAGGCAGAGAGACGAAAAGACACAAAACUUGUGACUUGACAAAAGAGGGCAGGUACCAGAGGCAGGACAAUGAAGGCCGGCGCGGGACUCUUCUCUGCAUUGGCUCUGUUCCUCCUGAUGGGGGCAGUGAUCACCCAGAGACCUCGGCCAAAGAAGCCCACCAGGCGCCCUGUCACCACCAAGAAGCCUUCUGUCCCCAAGCUUGCUGUACCGGCACAGCCAGAGCCCCAGGAGCCCACAGACUUCCCCCCACCCAUCAUGGGCCCGCCAUCCAUCUUUCCUGAUUGCCCCCGAGAGUGUUUAUGCUCCCCAGACUAUCCGAAUUCUCUCAACUGCGAGAACCGGAACAUCCGUGCGAUCCCUGUCAUCCCACCCAGAACGCACUACUUGUACCUGCAGAACAACUACAUCUCAGAGGUGACGGCAGAGCCGUUCAUCAACGCCACUGAGGUCCGCUGGAUCAACUUGGCAAACAACCGUAUUCAUCGAAUAGACAAAAAGGUAUUUGAGAAGAUCCCCGCACUGCUCUAUCUCUAUGUGCACCGUAACCACCUAAAAGAGGUCCCUUCAGGUCUGCCAGCAAGCCUGGAGCAGCUCCGCCUCGCUAAGAACCGUAUUUCCAAGAUCCCUGCUGGUGCCUUCAGCAAGAUGGGGAACCUGACUCUGCUGGACCUCUACCACAACCAGCUGAGUGACAGUGACCUGGGAAAGAACACAUUCAAGGACCUGAAGAGCCUCAUGCAGCUCAAUCUGGCUCACAACGUCCUGAAGAAGAUGCCUGAUGGUGUGCCCAGUGGCCUCAUUCAGCUUUUCCUGGACAGGAACCGUAUAGAUGACAUCCCAAAAGACUACUUCAGAGGCUUCACUCACCUUGCGUUUGUGAGGCUGAACUACAACCAGCUGAGUGACAAAGGAGUUCCCAAGGCUGUGUUCAACAUUUCCUCCCUGCUGGACCUGCAGCUGGCCCACAACCAGCUCGCCUCUGUUCCUCUCUUCAACGGUCACCUGGAGCACCUGCAUCUCAACCACAACAGCAUCGAGAGCAUCAAUGGCACCCUGAUCUGUCCUUACAGCCUGCAGGCUGACCUGAGCGAUCACAGCCUGUUGCCCAGACUAAGGUACCUGCGUUUGGAUGGAAAUCACCUGAGCCCUCCCAUCCCUCUGGAUGUCAUCAUGUGCUUCAGACACCUCCACUCUAUUGUUAUUUAGGAGAAACUUGACUCAAGACCUGGGGGCAUGCACACACACAUGAACUACACACAUGCACAUAUACACACACAAAAACACACACAGACUCACUGUGCACAAGCUGAGUUCAAAGCAAAACACGCUCCAUGAAGAACAAGGUAUAUCCACCCAUGCAUACUGUGGGAAAGUGUUAUUGAAAGAUGGACGCCAGAUAAAUGAAAUAACUGUAAAGCUUUGAUAGUUCAAGCUUUGAAAAGUUUAAUUGUUGCUGUAUUCAGGACAGUGAACCAUGAAUCUAGGAAGAGUGGAUAUGCCGACAUUUAGGGUUAGGUUUUUGUAUGGAGUUACAGUUUAUCCGCCAUUUUUUGUUUAUAAAAAGUUAGAAUGAGUAAAGUCUGAAAAUACAGGUACAUUGACAGAUGCUACAGAUAUGGAGGGUAGUUAUGUUUGCUUGCAGAUGUGAUCAGAGUAGAGCUGCCACCAUUAAGAACAAACAGACCUGCAGUUAAUGUCAGAAGAGACCGUUUAAAACAUAACUACCAUGUAGUUGAAACUGUCCCAAAUGUGCCUGUGAUUUUCAAGGUACUCCAUGUAAAAAUGUCAUUCCAUUCUUUUUAUUCUUUGUCUUCUGUAUAUUAUUCUUCUGUAUAAAGAAGCUCUGUACAAAUAAUGGAUAAUAAAACUUCUU